AUGGACAAUAAAGAAUGCGAUUUGUCAUGCGAUCCGGCUAACCCCCGGCGCCAUGAGGUACCCGGGCCUCAUGGUGUGAAAUCUGUUACCGAAGACUGUGUAGAGGUGAGUAACCAGGCCUCUGCAUUAGUGAAUACUACUGGAAAACGACUUGUACAACAGUCACUCUACCCUAAACUGUUCGUAAGAACUAGAAGCUCAUCGCUGGGAAAUAUCUCUCCGACCGAAAUUGCUACUACAAUAGUACAGGACACGUUAACACCAAAUCCACCCGACUGGCAAAGAAUCCCUAUAAGUAGAAACCAAAAGCGGAAAGACAGAAACUUCAGUCCCCUUCGCCUGAAAAAAUCAUAA